AUGUUUCGCGGUCCUCGUUCAUUGCAGAACAACACAAAAGCAUCCUCCAACACCCGCUGCCAGAAAUGUCUAAAACUCGGGCACUUCACCUACCAAUGCAAGAACGCUCAACCCUAUGUACCUCGACCCUCCCGCUCUAAACAGCUUGAAUCCGGUUCAUUUGGACGGGACAAGCCGAGUGUGGAAGUGCCGGAUGAGUUCAAGAAUGAGGGCAAGGGGCUAGCAGACAAGAUCUUGGCGGCGAAGGAGGCGGAGAGGAAAAAGCAAGAGGAGCUGAAGAAGGCAAAGUCGAAGAAAGGAAAGAGCAGUAGCAGUAGGCGCAAGAGAGGCGGAAGCAGCUCCGAAUCUUCGACCGAGUCCGAUUCCGAUUCAUCAUCAUCAGUGUCCAGCCGCUCCCGUACCCAUCGACGCCGACGCUACUCCUCAUCUGUUUCCCCUCACCUCUCAGCCUCCCCAAGACGGCAGAAAUACGACUCGGGCGACGAAUUCGAAGGUGAUAGAAAGCCAAGGCGUCGUUCACCCUCGCCUUCUGUCUCGCGUUCCCCCAGGCCUCAUCCUUGA